AUGGGCAACGAGGCGAGCCUGGAAGGAGGCGAAGGGCUGGGCGCCUUCCCCGAAGGGGCGGCGGCGGCGGCAGGCGGGGAUGGCGGCGGCUCCGCAGCCCCCUUGGAGCGCCUGGUCCCGGCCGGGGUGGAGGCGGACCUGAGCCAGCUGAGCGAGGAGGAGAGGAGGCAGAUCGCCGCUGUCAUGUCAAGGGCGCAGGGGCUGCCCAGAGGGAACCUCGCCGGCGCGGAGCCGCCUCCCAUGCAAAGACAUCCUGAGCUUGAUACAAGCCACCAUCUCAGGCAACCAGGUAAGCCUCCAGAUCCAGGACCACCAAGUUUAAGUAAAAGCAGAACGGUAGAUGUGCUGAAGACAGAACAACGGGCACCUGGACGGAGCCCUUCUUCUAUUAGUCUAAGGGAAUCAAAGUCCAGGACUGAUUUUAAAGAAGAUCAGAAGCCAAGUAUGAUGCCCAGUUUUCUCUCAGAAGCCAAUCCAUUGAGUGCAGUCACUUCAGUUGUGAACAAAUUCAGUCCUUUUGAUUUGAUAUCAGAUUCAGAUGCAGCCAAUGAAGAAGCCGGUAGGAAACAAAAAGUUACCCCAAAAGAGCAAGGGAAACCUGAGGAGCAGAGGGGCCUUGCAAAACAUCCAGCUCAGCAGUCUCCAAAGCCAGCUGUUCAACAACAAGGACCCAUCAGACCUACCCCCCAGCAAACUGAGUCUUCCAAACCAGUGCCUCAGCAGCAGCCUGGGGAACCAAAGCAAGUUCAGAAACCAGGCCCUGGUCACCCAGCAGACUCUAAGCUAGAACAAGCGAAACAACCGUCCCAGCCACGAGGACCGCAAAAAUCUCAGCCCCAACAGUCGGAACCAACAAAGCCUGUUCAACAGCAAACUUCUGCAAAACCUUCGUCGGGCCCAACAAAACCAUCGCCACAGCAAACAGACAAUGCUAGAACGUCAUCCCAAGCACCACCUCCCACAAAAACGGCAUCGCAGCAGCCAGGACCUGUAAAACAACCAUCUCAACAGCCGGCACGGCAAGGAGGUCCUGUAAAGCCAUCUUCCCAGCAAGCAGGGCCUCCAAAACAGCCUUCUCAGCAACCUGGACCUGAAAAGCCAUCUGCUCAGCAAACAGGAUCUGCAAAACCUCCAUCACAGCCCGGAUCUGGGAAGCCACUUCCGCAGCAAACAGGGCUUGUAAAACAAGUGCCACCACAGGCAGGGCCUACAAAACCAUCUUCUCAGACUGCAGGGGCCACAAAGCCCCCGCCACAACAACCAGGACUUACAAAACCACCAGGCCAGCAACCGGGGCCUGAAAAACCCUCGCAGCAAAAGCAAGCCAGUGCAACCCAACCCACUGAGUCCGCCCCAAAGAAAACCUUCUGUCCUCUUUGCACAACCACUGAACUGCUGCUGCAUGCUCCAGGAAAGGCCAAUUACAACACGUGCACACAGUGUCAUACUGUAGUCUGCAGCCUGUGUGGAUUCAAUCCUAAUCCUCAUAUAACAGAGAUUAAGGAAUGGCUCUGUUUAAACUGCCAGAUGCAAAGAGCGUUAGGUGGUGACCUAGCACCAGGUCAUGGUCCUGGGCCACAGCUGCCUCCACCCAAACAGAAGACAUCCAUUCCACCUUCAACAGCUAAACCAUCUCCCCAGCCACCGCCAGUUCAAAAGAAAGAUGCUUCUCCAAAACUUGAUCCUUCGCAGCUAGCAGAAUCAAAAAAACCCCUGCCACAGAAAAAGCAACCAUCCUUGCCUGGGUCUCCCCCUGUAAAAUUGAAAGAACCACGCGCUGAGCCUACUGAGAUCUCCCAGCGAAUAGAUCUUACUCCAAAGUCUGAUCAGGCCAAGCCAACACAGGCUGAAGAUAAGCAAACCCAACCCAGUAUACAGAAGCCUACGACGGACACUGUGCCUACGUCUGCAGCACCAGGGCUGAAACAGGAUUCAGCAGGUCCCAGACCUCCACCAACUCAACAGAAAGUGGCAGACUCCCCAAAGCCAGAGCUUGCCAAGCCGUCACAGGACACACAUCCAGCUGGGGAUAAACCAGAUUCCAAACCCCUUCCGCAAGUGUCUCGACAGAAGUCAGAUCCCAAGCUUGUGUCUCAACCUGGUGCUAGACCAGAUGCUAAAACUCAAAAGCCUGUUGAGCCAACACAAACAAAAGAUGAUCCUAAGAAGUUACAAACAAAACCGUCCCCAAAGCCUGAUAGCAAACCAGCUCCCAAGGGCCCACAGGCAGGGGUAGGUCCCAAGCCAGCACCAGCACAGCUGGCACCUCAACCCCAGCCACCUCAGAAAACUCCUGAGCAAUCAAGGCGUUUCAGCCUUAAUCUGGGAGGCAUCACUGAUGCCCCUAAACCUCAGCCCACGACCCCGCAAGAAACAGUUACUGGGAAACUCUUCGGAUUUGGAGCUUCAAUCUUCAGCCAGGCCUCGAAUUUAAUCUCCACAGCGGGUCAGCCAGGGUCUCAGACAUCAGCCCCACCUGCACCCGGUCCUGCAGCGAAGCAGCCCCAGCCUCCAUCACAGCCACCGGCCUCUCAGGCAGUCCCCAAAGAGGCUGGUCAGGCUCAGCCUCAUCCAAAAGCUGUUCCUGUAAAGAAAGAAGCCAAGCCUCUUGCGACUGAAAAACCAGAGCCAUCAAAAGCGGAUAGUGUUUUAACGACUAAAGGAUCUGAUUUAGAAAAGAAACCUGGUUUGGCUAACGAUGGCAAGCCUCAGGCUGCUGAAGCUAAGAAACCUGCUGGGCUGUCGGAACCGGAGCAAGCCAGCCAGCCUAAAGUGUCUUGUCCCCUUUGUAAAACUGGACUAAAUAUUGGUUCUAAGGAUCCCCCCAACUUUAAUACGUGUACAGAGUGCAAGAAAGUUGUGUGCAAUCUCUGUGGAUUUAACCCAAUGCCGCACAUAGCUGAGGUACAGGAAUGGCUGUGCUUAAACUGCCAGACCCAAAGGGCAAUGUCAGGACAACUUGGGGAUAUGGGCAAGGUGCCACUUCCGAAAGCAGGCCCUUCACAACCAGUAUCCAAACCACCUGCUGCUCCUCAAAAACAGCCGAUGCCUGCUGUCUCACAUUCCCCUCAGAAGACUUCCACACCGCCUACUCCAGCAGCAGCAAAACCGAAAGAAGAACCAGGCGUUCAGAAGGAAGUUCCAAAACUUCAGCAGGGGAGACUGGAAAAAACAUUGUCAGCUGAUAAAAUCCAACAAGGAAUUCAAAAAGAAGAUGCAAAACUUAAGCAGGGGAAACUUGUCAAGACACCCUCAGCUGAUAAAAUCCAACGUGUUUCUCAGAAGGAAGACCCAAGACUCCAGCAAACAAAACUGACAAAGGCAGCCUCAUCUGAUAAGAUUUUACAUGGAGUUCAGAAGGAGGAUGCAAAAUUUCAAGAGGCAAAACUGGCAAAAACAUCCUCAGCUGAUAAAAUUUUGCAUGGAGUCCAGAAGGAAGACAUAAAACUUCAAGAGGCAAAACUGGCAAAGAUACCCUCAGCUGACAAAAUUUUACAUGGAAUUCAGAAAGAAGACCCAAAACUCCAACAGAUGAAAAUGGCAAAAGCACUAUCAGCUGACAAAAUCCAACCUGCAGCUCAGAAGGAAGAUGCACAACGUCAGGAGGUCCAGUUGUCAAAGGCAGUUUCAGGUGAUAAAAUCCAACAUGGAAUUCAGAAAGAAGAUCCAAAACUUCAGCAUGAGAAAAUCAUGAAAACUUCAUCAGUGGAGAAAAUCCAACAGGAAGCUCAAAAAGAAGAACCAAAACUUCAGCAAGGGAAACUGUCAAAGACACUUUCAGCAGAUAAAAUUCCUGCAACAAUAAGUUCAGACCAAAAGAAACCCCUAAGCACAUUGGAAGAAGAUAAAAAACCUGUGCUCCCAGAAAAGAGCACUUCACAUCCAGAGGACAAAAAAGAACAAAUUACAGCUGAGUCUAAAGAUCGUGUUGCUGAACAGAAAGCAGAAGCUGAAGCACCUUAUAAGGAACCGCAAGCUAAGAAGGAAGAGGAUGUUAAGAAAGAGGGUUUGAUAACUGGGAUUUCACAAACGGUUUUGAAAGCUGAAAAAGCUCAGGAAGAAGAAAUUCCUGUUCAAAAAGCACCUUUGCCAGGAACUGACCAUGUGGAAGCAGUGAAAGAAAAAAUAGAAAAGGAGGAUGACAAAUCAGACACAUCAAGCUCUCAGCAACAGAAAAGUCCACAAGGUCUGAGCGACACCGGGUAUUCUUCUGAUGGGAUAUCAAGUUCACUUGGUGAAAUUCCAAGUCAUAUCCCCAGUGAUGAAAAGGAUUUACUCAGAGAAUCUAAUAAAAAAGACACUAUUUCACAAGAAAGUCCACCAAGCCCCUCGGAUCUAGCUAAAUUGGAAAGUACUGUACUGUCUAUUUUGGAAGCUCAGGCAAGUACGCUUUCUGAUGAAAAAGCUGCAAAAAGUAAAGAGCUUUAUGAAACGUACAGUGAACAGACAAAGGAUCAUCAUAAAACAAAGCCUUUGCCAGUCACUCCAGAAUCUUACAGUUCAGAUGAGGAAGACCUGGAAGCUAUUCAAGAAGGUGAAAGAACCAUUGUAGAAGAUGGCAAAGGAAGUGCUUCCUCCCAGGCAGACUACAAGGAAGAAGAUGAAGGAGAUGAGAUAUUGGCAAGAAGACAACGCUAUGAUUCUGUGGAAGACAGCAGUGAGAGUGAAAACUCACCUGUCCCGAGGAGAAAAAGAAGAGCUAGUGUUGGUUCUUCAAGCAGUGAUGAGUACAAACGGGAUGACAGUCAGGGAUCAGGUGAUGAGGAAGACUUCAUUAGAAAACAGAUUAUAGAGAUGAGUGCUGAUGAAGACGCCUCAGGUUCUGAAGACGAUGAAUUCAUUAGAAGUCAACUCAAAGAAAUCAGUGUAACUGAAAGCCAAAAGAAAGAAGAAGUGAAAAGCAAAGCCAGAGGAACAGCUGGAAAACAUAGAAGAAUGGCACGGAAAAGUAGUGCAAGCUAUGAUGAGGAUGCAGGAAGAAGACAUUCAUGGCACGAUGACGAUGAUGAGACUUUUGAUGAAAGCCCAGAGCCAAAAUACAGGGAAACUAAAAGUCAAGACAGUGAAGAACUUGCAGUAACUGGAGGAGGAGGUCUUCGGCGUUUCAAAACAAUAGAAUUAAAUAGUACAAUAACAAACAAAUAUUCUGAAGCAUCUGAACAACAGAAAGGUAUUUUAUAUUUUGAUGAAGAGCCUGAGCUAGAGAUGGAGAGUCUUACAGAUUCACCAGAAGAUAGAUCUAGAGGAGAAGGGUCUUCUAGUUUACAUGCUUCUAGUUUCACACCAGGUACAUCUCCUACUUCAGUGUCAUCACUUGAUGAAGAUAGUGACAGCAGUCCUAGUCACAAAAAACUGGGAGGGGAGAGCAAACAACAGCGCAAAGCCAGGCAUCGGUCACAUGGUCCUCUUCUCCCAACUAUUGAAGAUUCUUCAGAAGAAGAAGAACUACGGGAAGAGGAAGAACUGCUAAAGGAGCAAGAGAAACAGCGUGAAUUAGAACAGCAACAAAGAAAAAGUUCUAGCAAAAAAUCUAAAAAGGACAAGGAUGAACUAAGAGCUCAGAGAAGAAGGGAACGUCCAAAGACUCCACCAAGUAAUCUUUCUCCCAUUGAAGAUGCAUCUCCAACAGAAGAAUUACGACAGGCAGCAGAAAUGGAAGAGCUGCACAGAUCUUCCUGUUCUGAAUAUUCACCUAGUAUUGAGUCAGAUCCUGAAGGAUUUGAAAUCAGCCCAGAAAAAAUAAUAGAAGUACAAAAAGUUUACAAAUUGCCUACUGCUGUCUCUCUAUACUCACCAACAGAUGAACAACCAAUUGGACUCCCAAAAGAAGAAAGUGGUCAAAAGACAUUGAAAAGUGCCGAAGAGGUAUAUGAAGAGAUGAUGCAUAAGACCCAUAAAUCUAAGUCAUUUCAAAUUGCAAAUGAAAAAGAUGAAGUAUUUGAAAAAGAAUCUUUAUAUGGUGGAAUGUUAAUAGAGGAUUAUAUUUAUGAAUCUUUAGUAGAGGAUACUUACAAUGGAACUAUUGAUACUAAUCUUGUAAUGAGACAAGAUGAGAGCAAUGAAUAUAUACAACAGAGAGGAAAAGAGAAAAAAGUAAGAGCUUCAGAACAGAUCUAUGAAGAACCACAGAAAAUUACUGAUCUACAGAAAGACUACUAUAGCAUUGAGACUUUACAUUCUAUUGUGCCUCAAGAAGAUAUUGUUUCUAGUUCUUACAUUAUCCCAGAAAGUCAUGAAAUAGUUGUAUUAGACAGCGCAGUAACUUCCAUCACUGAGGAAAAGCAGUUGUUAGAUGCAGAAGCUGCUUAUGAAGAGCUUAUGAGAAGACAAAGAACGCAGCUAACCCCUGGGUCCAGUCCGACACAACCAACUUCAGGUUUUGUUCCCACAUCCGAUACAAAGGUAUCUAGUGUUGGAGAAAUAGUGGAUAGUACAUCUUUAACAUCAAGCACUACUUCAGCAAUCUCAGAUGUAUCACCUGUCAGCAGCACAGCACUUUCUAUUCCAGAUGUUAAAAUAACACAGCAUUUUACAGCAGAGGAAAUUGAAGAUGAAUACUUAACAGACUAUGCCAGAGAAAUUCAAGAAAUAAUUUCUCAUGAAACAUCAAUGUUGACAUACUCUGAGACAUCAGAAGGUGCUGCAUCAGUUUUACCUUCUGAUACAGCUUCCUUAACAUCAUCUACAUCUUCAGUUUGUACCACAGACAGUUCAUCACCUAUAGACAGUGCAACCACAGGUUAUGUAGAUACAGCAGAUGCUGUAAGUAAACUGGUAGAUUCUGAAGGUGUCAGGAUAAUAACCCAAGUUCCCUUAACACCUACAAAAGAGUAUUCUGAAGUGAGCAUGCCUUAUGAAUCUAUUGCCGGAGCCACUAAAAAGCCAUCUAUAGCAUCAGAUAUGGAAAGUGUGGAUCAAGCUGCAGUUUGUUUGCUUGAAACUGCACCUUCAGUAAUGGCAACUACAGUUAUAAAACCCAAGCAAUAUGCAACUGAUGCCAUUACCUUUGAUACCUCCAAAGCAGAAAAGGAAGCAGCUGGAAAAAUGAAAAGUACAGGAGAGGCUGGCAUUGUCAAAAUUCAUCAUGAAGAUUCACACAAAGAAUUGGGUGUUGAUAUAACAAGAAUUAAUUUCACUAGUGCUACAUCUGAGCAACCAGCUGUAUGUAUAGCAUCAGUACCAGUUACAGAGCCUGCAUCAGAAACAUCUUCUGUACCUACUCCCAGUGUUGUAAGUAAGGCCAGCAUGGUCUUUGUGCCUUCCUCAGCUCCUGCUGUAACAUCCAAAGUAUUCUCACUUUUUAGAAGCUCUUCUUUGGAUUCUCCUGCACAACCUCCCGUCCCGCCUCCUCCUCCUCCACCACCUCCUCCACCACCAUUACCUCCACCUACUUUACCCAAGCCAGCUAUUUAUCCCAGAAAGAAGUCACAGAUUAAGACUCCAGCAGCAACAGUUCCCACAGUGGUACCUUCAGUCACAAGUGUUCCAACACUAGAGUCCACAGCUGUAUUAAAGAAUCAUGUGGUACCUAUCACAAAAACAUACACCCCAACACCACCUCCUGUACCACCCAAACCAUCCUCCAUUCCAGCAGGGCUGGUUUUCAGUCACAGGCCUGCUGAAGUAACUAAACCUCCAAUUGCUCCUAAACCAGCAGUUCCUCCACUCCCAAUAGCUGUUCAUAAGCCAGCAGAAACACAGCCCAAACCAAUAGGUUUGUCAUUGACUUCAAGUAUGACUCUGAAUUUGGUCUCUGCAGCUGAAUACAAAAUAGCAUCUCCCACUUCCCCUUUGUCUCCACACUCUAACAAAUCUUCACCAAGGUUGACAAAACCCUCACAGGAAACCUAUGUUGUCAUCACAUUGCCAUCUGAGCCUGGAACUCCCACAGAAGCUAUAACUAGUCAGGCUGUUACCAGCUGGCCUUUAGAAGCACCUUCUAAAGAACCGAUUCCCCAGCCUAUGCAACCAAUUUUUACUCCAUCCAUGAAAACUAUGGAAAUUCAAAGUAUGGCAGAUCAGAGUAUGUAUAUUUCAGGUGCUUUGCAAGCUAUUCCUGUCACAACACAAUCAACUUUUGACAAAAUACCUAGUUCAAAAUCAGGUGUAGUAACAACAGAGGUAACCAAGACAACAGUGUCUGUGGUUAAGGGCCCAGUGCCUGGUUAUGGUUUAGGAAGUCUUGCUAUUACUAUGCCUCCAGAGCCACUCCAUAUAGUAGAUCAACCCAGGUAUAGAGAGAAUGGAAGAUUCCAUCCUUUGGGUGAUGUCAUAGAUCUUCGCACUUUAACUAAGAUGGAUAUUGAAAUGAGAGACAGCUGUAUGGAUCUGUCUGCUGUUUCCAUGGAUGUGAGAAGGCAAAUGCCAGCAAGUGAUACAUGUGGGCGGCCAGUAAGUACUGUCCAACCAGCUAUAAUAAAUCUUAGCACUGCAUGUGUUGCCGAUCCUUCCCUGUCUGUAGUCACUGAGACAGUAACUGUAAUGACCUGCACCGCCACUGUAAGCUACACUGCCAGUACAGCCAGCCUUGUGGAUCUGGGACAUGCGAUGACAACGCCGCUUCAGCUAACAACAUCAAAACAUUUUGAGCCUGCAUACAGAGUAACAGGCAGCCAAGCAUUCUCUGCAGGUAGAGAUGAAGUGCCAAUAAAUUUAUCCCUAGGUACUUCAACACAUGCAGUGACAUGGGCUACUACGAAGCCUGUUACUGUACCACCUGUUGGUGUUACAAACGGUUGGACUGAUCUCUCCACUUCUCAAGAGCCAAUGGAGAGUGGAGCAGUUGACCUUAGCACUACAAAAUCCCACAGAACAGUAGUAACAAUGGAUGAAACUACUUCAGGUGUUGUAACAACAGUAAUAGAAGAUGAUGAAAAGCCUGUGGAUCUGACUGCAGGGAGAAGAGCUGUCUGCUGUGAUAUGGUUUAUAAAUUGCCAUUUGGUAGGAGCUGUACAGCACAGCAGCCACCAACUACACUUCCAGAAGACCGCUUUGGUUACAGAGAUGACCAUUAUCAGUAUGAUCGUUCAGGGUCAUAUGGCUACCGAGGAAUGGGAGGUAUGAAACCAUCUAUGUCUGACACAAAUUUAUCGGAAGCUGGACUGUUUGCAUACAAAAGCAAGAAUAGCUUUGAUUAUCGAGUUGGGGCAACUGAUGCAGCAGUAGAUCUUACUUCUGGAAGAGUUACUACAGGUGAGGUUAUGGAUUACUCAAGCAAGACUACUGGUCCUUAUCCAGAGACUCGGCAGGUGAUUUCUGGCAUCGGGCUCAGUACACCACAGUAUUCCCAAGCAAGAAUGGUAUCAUCUCUGGCUUCCCAGUUUGGUGUUGGAAGUGUUUUAAGAUCAUCCAAUGGUGUUGUUUAUUCUUCAGUAGCGACUCCAAUCCCAUCCACAUUUGCCAUCACUACACAACCCGGUUCUAUUUUCAGUACGACUGUCAGAGAUUUACCUACUCUCCAAACAAUUGACUCAGUGCCCUCUUUAUCAACUUUGCAACAGAAUCAGCCACUCCCAAGAUCAUACAGUUUCUUGACUACAGUGGCAGCUGAAAAAGAUAGUGCAAUUACUGCCAUUGAUAUGGAGACAGGGUUACCACCUCUUACUAUAGAAACUAUUACCACUGAGCCAACCAACUUGAUACCUGCUUUAACUACAGCAUCUGAAGUUUAUACAGACGUAAUUGAAGAUGAGGUUGCCCUUCUCAUUGCCCCUGAAGAAGGCAAACAGCAGCAGCUUGAUUUGGAGCGUGAACUUCUUGAGCUUGAGAAAAUUAAGCAGCAGCGCUUUGCAGAAGAGCUGGAAUGGGAACGUCAGGAAAUUCAAAGAUUUAGGGAACAAGAAAAGUUUAUGGUGCAAAAAAAGCUUGAGGAGUUGCAAUCCAUGAAACAUCAUCUCUUAUUUCAGCAAGAGGAAGAACGACAAGCUCAGUUUAUGAUGAGGCAAGAGACAUUAGCCCAGCAGCAAUUGCAGCUUGAACAAUUCCAACAACUUCAACAACAGCUCCACCAACAGUUAGAGGAGCAAAAAAUUCGUCAAAUAUAUCAGUAUGGUUAUGACCCUUCAGGAACUGGCUCACCACAAACUACCACAGAUCAAACACUUUUGGAAGGACAGUAUGCAACCUCAGAAAAUGGGCAGUUUUGGCCUACUGAUGACGCAACCACUACGGCUUCAGGAGUGCUGGGUAUUGAAAUUCCACAAAGCCAAACAUGGUAUACAGUUCAGUCUGAUGGCAUUACCCAAUACAUACCUAGGUCUGGUAUCCUAAGCUCUGUUUCAGAAAUGUCUCUUAAGGAUAUUGAUGUUAGAGAGGAGAAGCAAUUGAAAAAGAGAAGUUCUAUGCCAAAAUUACGUGGUCCGUAUGAGGAGCUUGAGGAGACCCUGGAAGAAGAGCCCCGGUGCUUCAAAAAGAUAGUGGACAGUGGAGUGCAAACUGAUGAUGAAGACGGAGCAGACAGAGGUUACACAAACAGGAGACGGAGAACUAAGAAGAGUGUUGAUACGAGUGUUCAGACAGAUGAUGAAGAUCAAGAUGAAUGGGAUCUUUCUAGCAGAUCCAGAAGGAAGCCUCGUGUAGGGAAAUACAGUGAGAGUACCACUGAGGCAGACAAAGCUAAACAAUUCUCCAAGGUAUCUAGUAUUGCAGUUCAGACAGUGGCAGAGAUUUCAGUACAAACAGAACCUGUAGGAACAAUAAGAACACCUUCAAUCAGGGCCCGAUUGGAUGCUAAGGUUGAAAUCAUAAAGCACAUUUCAGCUCCAGAAAAGACAUAUAAAGGAGAAAGUUUGGGAUGUCAAACAGAGACAGAGUCAGAUACUCAAAGUCCCCAAUAUCUGUCAGCUUCAUCUCCUCAGAAAGAUAAAAAACGCCCAACACCAUUAGAGAUAGGAUACUCAUCCCACCUUCGUCCAGACUCCACAUUGCAGGUAGUCCCUUCCCCUCCCAAAUCUCCCAAAGUUCUCUAUUCACCCAUUUCACCUGUUUCACCAAGCAAAGUUAUAGAGUCAGCAUUUGUGCCCUAUGAAAAACCCAUCACUGAUGACAUCAGCCCUCAGAAGAUGCUGCAUGCUGACAUUGCCACGGUUCCUCCAUCAAGCCCAAAGGCAGCAAAGAUGAUGCAACGCUCUAUGUCUGAUCCUAAGCCCCUGAGUCCCACAGCAGAAGACAGUUCCAGAGCUCAGUUUCAGUACACUGAGGGUUUCAUGACAAAAGGUUCUUCAAGCAUAACUCCAUCAGGCACUCAAAAGAAGGUGAAGAGGACUCUGCCCAACCCACCACCAGAGGAAGCAACAGCAGGGACUCAGUCGCCAUAUACUUCUGUGGGAUCAGUUUCACGCAGAAGGAUUUGUAGGACCAACACUAUGGCCAGAGCCAAAAUUCUUCAGGAUAUAGACAGGGAAUUGGAUCUGGUCGAACGUGAAUCAGCCAAGCUUAGGAAGAAGCAAGCAGAGCUAGAUGAGGAGGAAAAAGAAAUUGAUGCCAAACUGAGAUACUUGGAAAUGGGCAUUAAUAGGAGGAAAGAAGCCUUACUAAAAGAAAGAGAAAAGAGAGAGCGUGCCUAUCUCCAAGGAGUAGCAGAAGAACGUGAUUAUAUGUCAGACAGUGAAGUUAAUAAUACCAGGUCAACCAGAAUAGAAACUCAGCAUGGCUUGGAAAGACCACGUACUGCACCCCAGACAGAAUUUAACCAGUUUAUGCCACCACAAACCCAGACAGAAACACAGUUUGCCCCUGCUACAAGCCCAUAUGCUCAAUAUCAGUAUUCAUCUCCUGCCCUGCCAACUCAAGCACCAACUCAGUUCACACAGCAAUCACAUUACCAACAACAGCAGCCUUUGUAUCACCAGCAAGUUUCACCCUAUCAGACCCAGACAGCUUUCCAAACAGGAGCUACUAUGUCCUUUACUCCACAGGCUCAACCUCCACCAUCUCAACAGCCAUCAUAUCAACUCCCAUCACAGAUGAUGGUGAUACAGCCAAAGCCAAGACAAACCACAUUAUAUUUGGAGCCUAAGAUAACAACAAACUAUGAUGUAAUUCGCAAUCAGCCUCUCAUGAUAGCACCAGUUUCAACUGACAAUAAUUACGCAGUUUCCCAGCUGGGCAGUAAAUACUCUACCUUGGACUUAAGGAUAGGACUAGAUGAGAGAAACAGCAUAGCAAGCAGCCCUAUAUCAAGCAUAUCUGCAGAUUCAUUCUAUGCAGAUAUAGACCACCACCACACACCCCGAAAUUAUGUGCUGAUCGAUGAUAUAGGAGAACUUACUAAAGGAACAGGAGCACUUGGUUCCAGUUUUAGCCUCCAUGAGAAAGAUCUGACCAAAACAGAUAGACUGCUUCGCACAACUGAGGCCAGGAGAGCACAAGAAGUGUCAGACUUCCUAGCACCACUGCAGACUUCUUCUAGGUUACAUUCCUAUGUUAAAGCUGAUGAAGACCCAAUGGAGGACCCUUAUGAGCUCAAACUUCUGAAACACCAGAUAAAACAAGAGUUCCGUAGAGGUGCAGAAAGUCUUGAUCAUCUGGCUGGCCUGUCACAGUAUUACCACCAGGAGGGCAGCUACAGGCAUUUUCCAAAAUCUGAGAAAUAUAGCAUAGGUAGGCUUACUCUUGAGAAACAGGCUGCUAAGCAGCUCCCAGCAGCCCUCCUUUACCAGAAGCAGUCAAAACACAAGAAAGCUUUGAUAGACCCCAAGCUAACAAAGUUUUCACCUAUCCAAGAAAGCAGAGACCUUGAGCCUGACUAUUCAAGCUAUAUGACUUCUAGCACUUCAACACUUGGGGGAAUUACAACUAGGGCAAGGCUUCUUCAGGAUGAUAUCACUUUUGGCCUUAGAAAAAACAUCACUGACCAACAGAAGUACAUGGGGCCACCACUGACUUCAUCCAUUGGAGCAGGCCUUGGGACUGCACUAGGUCCAACAAUGAGAUCCACAUUACAAGAUGAAGCAGACAAGUCUUAUAGCAGUGGUAGUAGAUCUAGACCCUCAUCUAGACCCUCCUCAGUUUAUGGGCUUGAUUUGUCAUUGAAAAGGGAUUCUUCCAGUUCUUCUUUAAGACUGAAAGCCCAAGAAGCUGAACCCUUAGAUGUUUCCUUUAGCCAUGCAGCACCUUCUGGAAGAACUAAACCCACCAGUCUACCUAUUAGCCAAAGCAGGGGAAGGAUCCCAAUAGUAGCGCAGAACUCAGAGGAAGAGAGCCCACUAAGUCCCGUUGGCCAGCCAAUGGGAAUGGCAAGAGCGGCAGCUGGACCCUUGCCACCAAUAUCCGCAGAUACCAGGGACCAGUUCGGAUCAAGCCAUUCAUUACCUGAGGUCCAGCAACAUAUGAGGGAGGAGUCACGGACUCGAGGCUAUGAUCGAGAUAUAGCCUUCAUCAUGGAUGACUUCCAGCAUGCCAUGUCAGACAGUGAAGCCUAUCAUCUCCGUCGGGAAGAAACAGAUUGGUUUGACAAGCCCAGGGAGUCUCGUUUGGAGAAUGGACAUGCCCUCGACAGAAGGCUGCCAGAGAAGUUGUCCCACUCUCGACCACCAAGUCAACACCAAGAUCAAAUAAAUGGGAAGCCCCUGCAGUACAUUUUCCCUCAUGCAAGGCUCAAACUACUGAGAGACCCAAAGGAUCACACAGUUUCAGGCAAUGGACUGGGAAUCCGAGUUGUAGGUGGGAAAGAAAUUCCAGGAAGCAGUGGGGAAAUUGGAGCUUACAUUGCCAAGAUCUUGCCUGGGGGCAAUGCAGAGCAGACGGGGAAGCUGAUAGAAGGAAUGCAGGUGCUGGAAUGGAAUGGCAUCCCCUUGACUGGGAAAACUUAUGAAGAAGUCCAGAGCAUUAUUAUUCAACAGAGUGGGGAAGCAGAAAUAUGUGUAAGACUGGACCUGAACAUGCUCUCAGACUCUGAGAAUCCCCAGCACCUGGAGUUGCAUGAGCCAGUGAAGGCAGAUAAAGCCAAGUCCCCAGGGGUUGAUCCCAAGCAGCUUGCUGCAGAGCUCCAAAAGGUUUCUCUACAGCAGUCACCUCUAGUUGCUUCCUCGGGAGUGGAAAAGGGAUCUCAUGUUCACUCUGGAACCACUUCUGCCACCUCCAGCGCUGUUCCCAGCCCUGGUCAGCCUGGUUCUCCCUCUGUGAGUAAAAAGCGGCACAGCAGCAAGCCCACGGAAACUAUGAAGUCUGCUUCCCAUCCAAUCACUGGAGAAAUUCAGCUUCAAAUCAACUAUGACAAACACCUUGGCAACCUUAUCAUCCACAUCCUUCAGGCAAGAAACCUCGCUCCCAGAGACAACAAUGGCUAUUCGGAUCCCUUUGUUAAAGUUUAUCUUCUUCCAGGGAGAGGUCAAGUCAUGGUUGUCCAAAAUGCAAGUGCCGAGUACAAGAGGAGAACUAAGUACAUACAGAAAAGCUUGAAUCCUGAGUGGAAUCAGACAGUAAUUUAUAAAAAUAUCUCCAUGGAGCAGCUGAAAAAGAAAACACUGGAAGUGACUGUCUGGGAUUAUGAUAGAUUCUCCUCGAAUGACUUCCUUGGUGAAGUAUUGAUCGAGUUAUCCAGCGUGUCUCAGCUUGACAACACUCCUCGGUGGUACCCUCUGAAAGAACAGAGUGAAAACAUUGAUCACGGGAAAUCUCAUUCUGGACAGAGUAGCCAGCAGUCUCCAAAACCAUCUGUCAUCAAGAGCAGAAGUCAUGGAAUCUUCCCGGACCCCUCCAAGGAGAUGCAGGUGCCCACCAUUGAGAAAUCCCACAGCAGUCCAGGGAGCUCCAAAUCUUCCUCUGAAGGACAUCUACGCUCUCACGGUCCAUCUCGCAGCCAAAGCAAAACCAGCGUCACUCAAACUCACCUUGAAGACGCUGGGGCAGCCAUCGCCGCUGCUGAAGCAGCUGUCCAACAGCUUCGCCUUCAACCAACAGCACAUAAAAGCGGUCAGUCUAAUCAUGCCAGGAAGCAGCACAGACACAGCAUAGCAGGAGUCCUCCCUAUUCAGAGAACUCAGUCUGACAAUCUGCCUCCACCAGCCAAUGACAACAAAGACCAAAGCCAACUAGCCCUCAGGAAAGUGAUGUCUGAUGGACCAGUCAAGCCUGAAGGAGCAAGGUCUACUAAUCACCGACCUGCAGAAAGUUCUGUCUCCACUGGCUCGUCAGCCAGUAGCUUUGGCAGUGGAUACAGCAUGGAUAGCGAAGGCAGCAGCAGUGCCACAGGAGAGAAUAAUCUAUUUCCCAUCCCAAGAAUAGGGAAGAUGAGCCAGAACGGACAAGAACCUGUAAAGCAGUCGGGAGUAGGAUUAACCGAUGCAGAAGGUAAAACACAGGUUAUGGGUGAAAUCAAGAUUGCAUUAAAGAAGGAAAUGAAGACAGAUGGAGAACAGCUGAUAGUAGAAAUCCUUCAGUGCAGAAAUAUCACAUACAAAUUUAAAUCUCCAGAUCAUCUACCAGACCUGUAUGUGAAGCUGUACGUUGUCAAUAUCUCUACCCAAAAGAGAGUAAUUAAGAAGAAAACCAGGGUAUGCAGGCAUGACCGAGAGCCUUCAUUCAAUGAAACAUUUAGAUUUAGCUUGAGUCCUGCUGGGCAUUCUCUUCAGAUUCUGCUUGUCUCCAAUGGAGGGAAGUUUAUGAAAAAGACACUGAUUGGAGAAGCUUAUAUCUGGCUUGACAAAGUGGAUCUAAGGAAAAGAAUAGUAAACUGGCACAAACUGUUGGUCAGCUCCACACAAACACACUGA